UUGAAUGAUUUUCCUUCGUGGCCGGUCACUUUUCCGGCAGACAUCAGCGAGUUCGGUUCGAUUUCCUUGGAGAGUUGACUCAAGUAUUUGCAUAUUAAAGUUAAAGUGAGUGAAAUGUAAUUUUAAAUUCAUUGCUUUAAAGCAGACAGCAAGCGUGAGAAAAUGGAACGCUAAACCGGAGGUGGUAGUUCGUUCGAAAAUCGUUAAAAGAAAACGUGAAACAUGUACCUGUACAAUUUCACGCUUCAGAAGGCCACCGGCAUUACCCAUGCUGUACAUGGGAGUUUUGCCGGUACCAAGCAGCAGGAGAUCCUACUGGCCAAGGGUAAAAGCUUGGAACUGGUGCGACCGGAUUCCAACACCGGAAAGGUGCAUACACUGCUGCAGACAGAAAUUUUCGGGGUAAUCCGUUCCUUGAUGUCUUUCCGAUUGACCGGAGGAACUAAAGAUUACGCGGUGGUCGGUUCCGAUUCUGGUCGUAUUGUCAUUCUGGAAUACAAUCCGGCCAAAAAUCUGUUGGAAAAGGUGCAUCAAGAGACGUUCGGCAAAUCGGGAUGCCGUCGGAUUGUGCCGGGCCAGUUUUUGGCCAUCGAUCCCAAGGGUCGUGCCGUGAUGAUCGGAGCGAUCGAAAAACAGAAGCUGGUUUACAUUCUCAAUCGAGAUUCCGAGGCUCGUCUAACCAUCUCUUCUCCCUUGGAAGCUCAUAAAUCCAACACACUGACUUACCACACGGUUGGGGUUGACGUUGGCUUCGAAAAUCCCAUGUUUGCUUGUUUGGAAAUAGACUACGAGGAAGCAGAUUUGGACCCGACGGGAGAAGCUGCUGCCAAAACCCAGCAAACCUUGACAUUCUACGAGUUGGAUUUGGGACUUAACCACGUGGUACGGAAAUAUUCAGAACCGCUAGAAGAGCACGCCAAUUUUCUAAUUUCUGUACCCGGUGGAAAUGACGGUCCUUCGGGAGUAUUGAUUUGCUCGGAAAAUUAUCUGACCUACAAGAACUUGGGUGAUCAGCACGAUAUCCGUUGUCCGAUUCCGCGAAGACGUAACGAUUUAGAUGAUCCGGAACGUGGAAUGAUCUUCAUCUGCUCGGCCACCCAUCGUACAAAAUCGAUGUACUUUUUCUUGGUGCAGACGGAACAGGGAGAUAUUUUCAAAGUCACGCUGGAGACCGAUGACGAUGUGGUUUCGGAAAUAAAGCUAAAAUAUUUUGAUACUGUAGCUCCAGCCACGGCAAUGUGUGUGCUGAAGACAGGUUUCUUGUUCGUUGCCUGUGAGUUCGGAAAUCACUACCUGUAUCAGAUUGCCCAUCUGGGAGAUGACGAUGAUGAGCCAGAAUUUAGCUCGGCCAUGCCCCUUGAGGAAGGUGACACGUUCUUCUUCGCGCCAAGAUCAUUGAAAAAUUUGGUAAUGGUGGAUGAAAUCCAUUCGUACGCUCCUAUUCUGGGUUGCCAGGUAGCUGAUUUGGCUAACGAAGAUACUCCUCAGUUGUAUUUGGCUUGCGGUCGUGGAUCAAGAUCAUCCAUUCGAGUUUUGCGACAUGGUUUGGAGGUUUCGGAGAUGGCUGUUUCUGAACUACCCGGUAACCCGAACGCCGUUUGGACCGUCAAGAAGCGCGUUGAUGACGAUUUCGAUGCCUACAUCAUAGUGUCGUUCGUUAACGCCACCCUGGUCCUGAGUAUCGGCGACACCGUUGAAGAAGUGACGGACAGUGGUUUCCUUGGAACCACCCCAACGCUUUGUUGUUCGGCUCUCGGUGAUGAUGCCUUGGUACAGGUUUAUCCCGAUGGCAUUCGACACAUUCGGGCUGACAAGCGAGUCAACGAGUGGAAAGCACCCGGUAAAAAGACCAUCAUCAAGUGUGCCGUCAAUCAGCGGCAGGUGGUCAUUGCCCUGUCCGGUGGAGAGCUAGUGUACUUCGAAAUGGACCCGACUGGUCAGCUGAAUGAGUACACCGAACGCAAGAAGAUGCCAUCGGAUGUAAUGUGUAUGGCUCUUGGUUCCGUGCCGGCUGGCGAACAGCGAUCUUGGUUCUUGGCUGUCGGUCUGGCAGACAAUACAGUUCGAAUUAUCUCUCUGGAUCCUAGCGACUGUCUCGCUCCCAGGUCUAUGCAGGCCCUUCCCUCUGCUGCCGAAUCUCUCUGUAUCGUGGAAAUGGGAACCGGGGAUACCAAUGAAGAAGGGAUCAUUUCUUCAGCCGGUUGCAUAUAUCUGAACAUUGGUCUCACCAACGGAGUCUUGUUAAGAACUGUGUUGGAUCCGGUUUCCGGUGAUCUGGCAGAUACACGAACCCGUUAUUUGGGAUCUCGACCAGUUAAGCUUUUCCGUAUUAAAAUGCAAGGUUCGGAAGCCGUUUUGGCAAUGUCAAGUCGAACGUGGUUGAGUUAUUAUUUCCAAAAUCGUUUCCAUUUGACCCCACUUUCCUAUGAAACGUUAGAAUAUGCGUCAGGUUUCUCUUCGGAACAAUGUUCAGAAGGUAUCGUCGCCAUUUCGACCAACACCCUAAGAAUUUUGGCCCUGGAAAAGUUGGGAGCUGUUUUUAAUCAGAUUACAUUUCCUUUAGAGUACACACCGAAACGGUUUUUGAUCCACAAUGAAACAGGUCGUUUGAUUAUCAGCGAAACUGAUCAUAACGCCUACACAGAAGAAACGAAAAAUAUUCGUAAGAACCAAAUGGCUGAUGAGAUGCGAGAAGCAGCCGGUGAAGAUGAACAGGAGCUUGCAAACGAAAUGGCUGAUGCUUUCAUAAAUGAAGUCCUCCCGGAAGACACCUUCUCUUCACCGAAAGCUGGGCCAGGAAUGUGGGCAUCCCAAAUCAGAGUCAUGGAUCCGAUCAAUGGACAUACCUACAGUAAAGUCCAGCUGGCUCAAAACGAAGCUGUCAUGUCGAUGGCAUUGGUUCGUUUUCACGUUGAUCAGAAAUGGUACGUCGUUGCUGGAGUUGCCAAGGAUCUGCAACUUAAUCCGAAGGUCAACAACGGAGGUUUCAUCGAUGUCUACAAGUACGACAUCCAUACUCAUCAACUAGAACACUACCAUCGUACGGAAAUCGAUGAAGCUCCUGGCGCGCUAUGUGCAUUCCAGGGCCGCGUGCUUGCUGGUGUUGGACGUGUCUUACGUAUUUAUGAUCUUGGAAAAAAGAAACUCUUACGAAAAUGCGAAAACAAACACAUUCCAAAUCAGAUUGUCAACAUCCAAGCCAUGGGUUCUCGGGUUUUCGUAUCCGACGUUCAGGAAUCUGUCUACUGUAUUCGAUACAAACGGCAGGAGAAUCAGUUGAUAAUUUUCGCCGACGAUACUCAUCCACGAUGGAUAACAACUUCAACCUUGCUCGAUUACGACACCGUAGCAACGGCGGAUAAAUUCGGUAACAUGGCCAUCCUCCGGCUUCCUCAUUCAGUAUCGGACGACGUUGACGAAGACCCUACUGGAAACAAAGCACUAUGGGAUCGUGGUCUGUUGAACGGUGCAUCGCAAAAGGCAGAAAACAUUACCACCUUCCAUCUGGGUGAAAUAAUCAUGUCCCUCCAGAAAGCCACCCUAAUUCCGGGAGGUUCGGAAUCGCUCAUCUAUGCAACCAUGAGCGGAACCGUGGGGGCACUGGUUCCAUUCACCAGUCGGGAGGAUUACGACUUUUUCCAACACCUGGAAAUGCACAUGCGGAAUGAGAACACCCCGCUCUGUGGGAGAGAUCACCUAAGCUUCCGCAGCUACUACUACCCGGUCAAGAAUGUAAUGGAUGGGGAUCUGUGCGAACAGUUCACCUCGAUGGAUCCGGCCAAGCAGAAGAGUAUCGCCACCGAUCUGGGCCGUACGCCGAACGAGGUGGCUAAAAAGUUGGAAGACAUCCGCACGCGGUACGCCUUCUAAGAAUUGUAUAUGUUUGAAACACUUGGACAUUGUCGGAGUGUUGGUUUAUUGAAGAUUUUCAUUUAGUCAAAAUGCACGGACAUUGGCACUGCUUCAUUGAAGAUAAUUGGAUUUUUUCGCAAGUACAUGAUGAAGUAAAACUAUGCAGCUGCGAUAUCGUCAGAUAUUGUAAGCCACAUCCAACCAGUUCAUGGACCUUUUUUAAAGAUAACGAUGAAUUACAAUUUGCACCUACGUCUUAAAGCUGUUCCAACUUUCGUCACAUCUUACAUUGGAAGGUUGAAAUAUCUUCAAUGCCACCCUCAUCAGCACAGUUUAUUUGCUCCCUGUUUCUGUAAGAACGCACUUAACCGGAAGGAUACUUCGCAACAUAGAUAAGAACAAACCGUAUAAGCAUCAUGGAACGCAUGUAACCUUUUCACGUUGCAGUGAAAACAAUUUGAAGUUUUAGUGUACCCUACCCCCUACCCUGGCAAUCCAGACUAUACUUACGGUGGUGGUGUUCUCUGAUCGUAGCAAUAAACAGACUUCUAAUAUGUAA